UUAUUCUUUUUUUCCCAAAAUUUUGAUAUAUAUUUGGCAAUGAUUUAAAAUUGUAUUUGCAUUUUAAAAUCAUUCAAUUGAAAGCCUAGUUAUAUACCUUAUAUAACUAUCUAUAUUUUAGAAGCCUUGUAACAUUUCCAUCUCCUGCAGCCCUGUGGCGUCCGCAGGUCACCCAGAUACAUCGAUUCUACAUGCCGGGCGACACUGGUUUUCGUUUUCGUCCGUCGUCAAGCCAAACAGAAGCGGCAGUGAGGCGGCAACUGGCAAAGCAACCAGUCAUCCGCCGGCGACGAGGAAGAGGACAACUCAGCACCCAAGCCAGAAGCCAGAAGCCAGAAGCGCCGAAGGACGCCUUUGUUGAUCUCAUUAAUAUGCACAGGAUUUAAUUAGCCAUAGAAUUUAGGAGUGGGAGUGAAAGUGGGUGAGCUGGAAAAUGCGACCCAUUUGGGAGUCGGCCAGCAGGCCGCUGUUUGUGCGCUCCGUGUGGCAGGAGACGAUCGGGAGGCGCCACUUCAUCCUCGACUACGAGCCGCGACAGAGGCAGCGCUGGAAGCGCCAGAAGACAAGACUUAGAGGUAACUACCAGCAGACGCAAUCCUGCGAGAUCUUCGAGCAGUUCCCGGAGGAGAGUGUUGAGUACCUGGACGAGUACCUCCUGCUGGACGCCACCAAGCUGACGCUGCAGCAGCAACAGUCGCUGCCCCCUUUGGGUGGGCGGCCCAACCCCACCCCCUCGACGGGUGGCGGAAGUCGAGGGGAGCAGCGGUACAACAGUCGCCAGUCAAAACGAAGAGCUUGGCUGCUAAGUAGAGGUAGAACCUAUCACCUGGAUCACCUGACAGAUCAUCAAUCGCGUCGCAGUUCUCUCCAGGAUGCAAAUAGCUCACUAACUACAACCGCCAAUAAUCCCGAGGAGCGCUUGGCUGAGAGAGUGCUCCAUUGGCUGGAUUUGGCAGGGAGAACGGAUAUAGUAAAGGAGGUGGUACCAAGUCCACCGGCCACCAGUAGUGCCCAGUUGUCCAGAUCUGCGCAGAGGAUGCAGCGCAACCAACAUCGAAGUAUGAGUUUGAAAAGAGUUGCGGCGGCGGCAGCGAAUCACCAGAGAUCGGUGGCCAGGAAAGUCAGUGCCAAGCCACCGCCCUCCGCCCAACCGGUCACCACCUCCUCCUCCGCUCCGUCCGCCUCCAAUGCCAAGCCCAUAACCAUUAUCUUCAACAAGGAGGGCGUUCCCGUGCGACUCAAUCGACCCGCUCGCAAUAUCGACUUGUGCACCCUGAGCAGCAGUGCCAGCACCACGCGGAGAUUGGCGGGUCAGUUGGCCUCGGCCCGACUGUACAGUGGAGCCAGUGCCUCCUCACCGCUGCCGGAGGACAGCCGGACUCCACCGCUGAGUGGCAGGGGCAUUGGGGCAUCUGCCGCCUCCGAUAGCCGCAAACAGCUGCACAUCUUCAUGCCCAGUCUGCCCAAAAAGGGUUUGUUGGCAGCGGGAGCUGCGGCGGGAAGUGGCAUUGGAAACUCUGGAGAGGAUGCCCUCAGCACCAGCUUCAGUGAGCUGUGCCAGUUGUAGUGGGUUGAGUAUACUCAGUAAAGUCACAUUUAAUUGGUUGAGAAAGUUAUGAUAGAGUUCAAGUUUUAUUUAAUCUUAACUAAGUAUUCUUUUUUAUGGUAAUCUAAAGUUCUUUGCAAAAUGUUUAUUUAUAUUUGG